GGUUGGCAGUAUUCGUUUGUUUACGUACUGUCAUCUGUUCAGGUCGAUAUUAUUUGCAGACGAGGUGGGGUGGCGUCUGCUCAGAUCUAUCGUCUGUUUGUUAUGGUCUGAUGCAUAACACUCUAAAACACUGUAUUUUUACUUAAAAAUUUAUUUUCUUUUGCGAAGUUAGUGAUUCCUAUACCAAGCAGAAAUUAUGCAGACCAUUGUGUGCAUUAAUACUCAUCACAAUGUUCACAAUGGAUCCCAAUACUCUCCAAGUCCGCAGAAUCCACACCUUGGGUUAGGGCUUCAAAACCUAUUAAGCUCUUUUAAAAAAAUCUGAUGAUUGUCAACAGAGGUACAAGUUACGGAUUUCAAACGCGUCCACCGGAUAAUGCAGAAAUGUUCUUUUCAUGGGAAGAAAUUGUUGUGUGGAUUGGAGUCACACUGUUUGAAGCUUGGAUUCAUACGGUUUGUCUCACAGUCUUCUUGCUUUUUUUAACAUUGAAAUUGGAUGGUAUACUUGACAGGUCAUGGUGGGUUAUAUUUUCCCCACUUUUUGUUGGUAAUGCGCUGAGUGCAUAUUUUUGUGUGAUUGGGUUUAUCCGAAUGUAUCUUGAGGGAUUGCGAAAGCAUGCUUUUAUUAGGACAAUAUGGAGUUUAUCUUUUUUGUUUCUUAUGACCGUUUUUGAGGUGCUGCUGAUACGAAAAAUAAUGGGUAAUAAUAAUCUAGAAUAUUCUGAAAUAUUGUCACCAGUGUUCAUCCUUCUGCAGCUAAUUACUGCACGAACCUGUCGCCUGUAUGGCUCCUAAAGCACCAAAAUUUCUGACAAAUUAGAUAGAUAAAUUUUAUCAAACUUAAUUUCAAUCUCCUUGAUAUACUGUUUGAUUUUUUACAGUAGGAAUUUAUAUCCACGUAAUAUUAUUGGUUGUGUACUAGAUUUUAUUUGUACGUAAGUCUACUACAAGUCCAGUUUUUUAGUAUUGUGUUUUAGGACGUUGUCAAGUUUUUUACAAGUACUGAGAAAUUAGUAAAAGACUGAUUUGCUUACUGCAAGUUUGGUUGACUGUGAUGUGUUGUGUUGAUUUCUGUUCACUUUUUGGUUUACCCUCUAGGAUGUUACAAAAUAGAUAUUGAAGAAGUUAUGCACCUAGAUGCGUAGAGCUCUUUUGAGACUUAUGUGUGAACUAUAUUUAAAAGAUUGAAAAUUGCACAAGGUGAAGUGCAAUUAUUGCGACGUGUGUUAGCACAUAAUCCUUGCUUUUUCAAUGAUGCCAAAUUUACCUCAUAUCUUAUACCCUCUAGUCAAGAUUGAAAUAAGCGCUUUAUUAAUUAUAUCUACCCUCAACCCUUUUAUUAUAGUAGAGUUGUAUGUAAGUAUGGCUCAAAUGUAUAGAUAGUUGACAUUUUAGAAAUAAAUUAGACAUU